GUCAUUUCUGCGGUCCUCCAUUUUCAUGAUGGCGGUGGCUGUGGCUUCUCGUGCUGGUCCCGGGAUGUUGCGCGUUCCACAAGUUAAUUACAUGAUUGCAACAUCAGUACGAGGCAUACACUCCACUGGUUCGUUGCAACGGGCGAGAAAUUGGAGAGUCUCGUACGGCCUCCCCGAACGCUGGAAUUCCGCCCGCAUCUUUGCCGACACACCUGACUGGUCCUUUGCUGAUGGAAGGCCAGCACCAUUGAACACAAACCAAAAGAAGCGCUACCUUCAGCAAAUUGAGUACACGAAAACUAUAGUCAAGUAUCUGAACGAGCUGGAGUGUGCCAAGGCGGCAGCAGCAGCCAAGACGCAAGAGGUGGAGCUGAGGAAGGAGCGUAUAAUGUCCGGGAAGUUCAGCCCUAAGGGCGUUAAGGAACUGAAAUUACCCAGUCAGCGAGGUUCGACAUGAAGAAUGGUGUCUGUUUCAGGAAAGUGGCACAUGUGGUGGCAACACAGAAAGACAUAGCUACAGGAGCUUAUGGAGUUGCAGUCAGAGAUUGCAGUAGUUGUCGUUCUUCAACCAUUCAUCUAUAAAUUGUGCUCUUAUGGGAGGCAACAGAUUCGUUUGGUGAUUUUUGGUAUAUUUGCUACAUUUCUGUCUCCACCUGGAAAUUGUUUGCGACAUUUCUGGCUCUACCUGGAAAUAAUUUGCUACUACUUUAUAGUCACGACAGCUUGCAGUACACACAUGCAUUUCUUGAAUUCGGAUGCACCCUUGUACAGAACACUGCUUGCUUUUUGGCCGCAUGCAAUUCUAUACCAGCAUGUUUUAACAUUCGUCACUGCCCAUCGACGUUUGAGGCAGUUUGCACAACCUGUCAAACAGUAUUUCCGCACAAGGCGCGCAAAUAUUGCCACGCAAGGUGCGAACUUUGUGGCCAUAAAUGACUCUUCUUGUUUUUGGCGUUUCUCAUCAUCAUUACCCUCGCACCAGAUGGCAUUGCCUUUCGAAGACAACACAGUGUUGUCACUAACACAGGUUUUUUUCUGGGCUUGGCAACUCAACGAUUAAGCGAAAGUCAACAGCGAUGGCUGUGAUAGAUGGUAUUAACUUGACCUCACUCACUAAAUGUGCUGGCAUUGAGCGCCGCGGCUGCCAUCCUCGAGGUCAUUCUGUGUAACAUUGCACCUACCGUUUUCCCAUGUCAAAGGUAAGCUGGAAUUGUCAAAAAUUCAUAGGUUUCAAGUUACUGUAUGAUAUUCAGGGUUCUGUUUCUAUUUUGAUGUUUUUGUAGCAUGGUUGGAUAAUUUUCUGCUUGUUUCUGUCACUGGCACACUGAGCCACUACGGCCGUGUUACCAUGUUGCCCUGUCAGCUCUGUGAUGUGCCCACGGUGGUCGUUCCUCUGCACAAAUGCACUGCACAGUUUCCCAUGUAAGUAGGUAAUCUUUAAUGUGGCUUAGUGAUUUUGCAGAGCAACUUUCUGGGCACGAAAAGAUUGCUAUUUGUACAUAUUAAAGUGGUACCGCGGCGUCAAUCGACAAGAACAAUUGCUUCAACACACGACCAACUGCACAGCUGCACAGUAAAUCCGCCAGGCUUCACCAGCCAAAUAAGAAAAAUGUGUCCUCAAAGAUGGUGGCUCGAUGGUGGUGCUCCCUGGCAAAAUCAAACCUGCAGGUUCAGUGAAUACCACCUAUUCGGAGUACGCUGAAAGCAGGAAUAGGAACCUCGACACGCAAGCGGAUAAGUUGGACCUAUAGAAGACAGACUGCAGCAGUGAGGAAUGCAAGACACAUUCACUUGUUGCCGGCACCUUGUGCCAAGCUUCCUUGAUGAACACUGUAGAACUUAGAAGCAUACUAUAACAAAACAACAUUACAAAAAAGAAAGGAAAAGGACUGGAAAAGCACCGAGACAAGAUAUUGAAGGGGUUGCAGUAUUUUAUAAUCGUUACUAUUUUUAAGCAUCCCAAAACGACCAAAUCGGCCCUUUGGUGAACCUACAUUAGAAAAUUGGAAACCUUAAACAGAGAUAAAUACUCCUAAUCAGUGUAGGCGGUCAGGCGUUACAAGUUACGGCAUUACCGUUAACGCAUUACUUUUUUCGGUAAUGUAGUAACAUGCACGUUACAUUUUCAAAACAGUAACGGGUAACAUACCUGGAUUACUUAUAACAAAUAAGGGGUAACAUAGUUACGUUACUCGUUACAUCUUCCUAAGACCUGAGAAAAAGUACUUAAAUUUUUUUCGCAUUGCUAGGCCUUCAAAUUGUUUUGCCCGUCUUUUCCCAAUGCAAAAAGUCCCACUUCAGAAAAAAAAAAAAACAGCACACAGACCCCUUGUCCCAGUGUCGAAAGAUGUUGCUGUCAAUUUAUAAACACAAAGUAAUGUGCAUUGCUUUUAUUUUGAGGUAGCAUAUAUCUGUAAUGCAUUCCUUUAUUCUGCAAGUAACGAGUAACAGAUUUAGUUACUUUUUUGGUAACACUGCUCCUAACAAAAAAAAAAUUGACUACGUUAUGAAUUGGUCACAAAAUCAUCUGAUAGUGCACAGAAAUUGUCACUUGUGUCAUUGUGGAGUGUGUUGACAUCAUUAUAUAAUGUCUGAGGGGAAGGUGUAUGAAGUACUGUAUGGCAAAUGAAUGUUUAACAUGAAAUGUUUGGUAGAAAGGGACAUGAGUAUUCAAUGUAUUAAAAAAAAAACAUGCAAAGGGCAUUUCUUUUUAAACAGCCUAGAUGGAAAAGGAUGUCAUAAAAUUAAUUUAGAAUAAAAGUUUUUUUGUUGCACUGAAAAAAAAAAAAGUUUAAUAAGCAAUUUUUAGAGCCCAUAAAAAGCUCCUGAAAGAGGGCAAGCACCACGUGACGGUAGUGGCCAGUCACGUGACUAGUAGCCACUUUUCCACGGGCUGCCAUUACACAUUCUUUUCGCGCCGUAAAUAGCUGAGAAUUUUUUAAAGUUUUUUUUUAGAUUUUGUAUGCUAAAUUCGGACUGUGGGGCAAAGAGCAAUGCUGCAAGGUCUAUGUACUUUCAAAGGCUUUUCUGACACGUUUUAAUACCGGAAUGAUGUACCCGUGCUUUGCCGUUGGUUCUGCCAACUAGUGAUGCUAGUAUGAAUAUUUCUAUUUGAUGUAUAAAAACGUGUUGUGUGUCUUUCGUGCUUAAAAUAAACGUAGAUAUUAGGCG